AUGUCUUCUCCUGGUUCUAGUCCUGAUCAUGGGAUACAGGAUCCUCAAGACACCGACGGCGCUUCAACUAUAGGUGACAGUUCUACCGAUGAUUCCCUGGCUUCUCUACGGUCGAGUAUCCUCGACUAUCGGAGGGAAAAUGGACGCACGUAUCACAGAGUCAGUGAUGGGAAGUACUAUCUUCCUAACGAUGAGACGGAACAAGACCGUUUAGAUUUCGCCAAUCACUUGUGGAUUAUUACAUGGGACGGGAAGCUAUGUAAUUGCCCUAAAGUCAAGGGCGCCAAGCGAGUCUUGGAUGUUGGAACCGGGACGGGCAUCUGGGCCCUCGAUUAUGCGGACGAUCACCCCGAAGCAAGCGUUAUCGGUGUUGAUUUGAGCCCUAUUCAACCCGUCUACGUUCCACCCAAUUGCCGCUUCGAAAUCGAUGAUCUCGAGAAAGAAUGGACUUGGACAGAGCUUUUCGACUUCAUAUUCAUCAGAUCAAUGGUUGGAAGUUUCAAAAGCUGGCCCGACGUUAUCAAGCAAGCCUACGACAACUUGGAACCAGGAGGGUAUCUUGAGAUCCAAGACAAUGAGUUUCCCAUCUUCUGUGAUGAUGGUUCCAUGCCCGCAGACUCCCAAGUCUUGAAGUGGACCCAGCUCAUCGUCGAAGCCACAGACAUCGUGGGGAAGUCAAUGGCUGUUGCGCCCACCUUCAAGCAGUUGCUCGAGGAUGCCGGGUUUGAAGAUGUUCAGGGACGCCAAGAGAAAUGGCCCAUUAGCCCAUGGCAGCAAAAGGAUCCGAAACAGAGGGAGUUGGGAAUCUGCUCCCGAGCCGGUACCAUGGAAGGCCUUGAGCCGAUUUGCAUGGCCUUGUUCACACGCGUGCUUGGCUGGACUCGAGAAGAAGUCUUCGUAUUUUGCGCUGGGGUCAGGGAUGAAUUGAAACAGCAGAAAGUCCACGGCUACUUCAAUGCAUAUGCUGCUUGGGGCCGGAAGCCCGAGAAGAAGGAGGGGGAGGAGGAGGCUACCUGCCAUUGCCAUUCUGUGAACAUCAAGACAGCUGAAUCAACUUACAAGUCAACAUGGCAAAUGACGGGCAACUUCCGGCAAACGUCCAGUAUUUUGAACUAUCGUAAAGAGAACGGCCGGACGUACCACAGGCUAAGUGAUGGAAGCUAUCACGUUCCCAACGACGAGCAAGAACAGGACCGCCUAGAUUUUGCUCAUCAUCUUUGGAAGUUAACUUAUGAUGGCAAAUUAUGUAACUGCCCUAAAUUAUACGGCGCUAAAAGAGUGCUUGAUGUUGGAACCGGAACUGGAAUAUGGGCUCUUGCGUAUGCGGAUGAACACCCCGGAGCUUUUGUCUUGGGUGUUGACCUGAGCCCUAUACAGCCUGAAUUCGUCCCUCCGAAUUGCCAUUUCGAGGUUGACGAUAUUGAGAAAGAGUGGAUUUGGUUAGAGGCAUUCGACUUCAUAUUUUCUAGGUCUAUGAACGCCUGCUUCAAAAGUCGCACAGACUUCGUAAUCCAAGCCUUCAAGAAUCUUGAACCCGGUGGAUACCUGGAAAUGCAGGAUAAUGUCUUCCCUUUGCUUUGUACCGACGGGACUAUGCCAGAAGAUUCAUUGAUAUACAAGUGGUCUCAGUUGCUCGUUGAAAGCACCGGAAUGAUUGGACAGCCACUUGAUGACGCCCCGAGAUUCAAGCAGAUGCUCGAAGACGCUGGGUUUGAAGACGUGCAUGAGAGGAAGGAGAUAUGGCCGAUUGGGCCGUGGCCCGAAGAGGGCACCAAAGAACAUGAAUUGGGCUUGUGGUGUCAGUCUAUCACCAUGGAAAGCCUGGAAGCCCUCUCGCUUGCUCUAUUUACUCGCGUUCUGGGAUGGUCGCGGGCGCGGACGUUGGUGUUCUGCGCUGGAGCUCGAGAGGAGUUGAAGCAGCAGAAUAUCCACGCCUAUUUCGAUGUCUAUGCAGUCUGGGGUCGGAAGCCUCGGAAAGAGGAUGAAGCUCAGGAGAGUUAUGCCGCUGUCGAGCAUUGGGCCUCGGUGUAG